AUGCAGCUCAUCAACCUCCUCCCCUUCCUCACUCUCGCGGCUGCCGCGCCCAAGGCCGCUCCUACUCCUUCCAACUACGAGAACGUGGACAUUGCCGACUUCGCCGUCCGCAAGGAGCAGAGUGCAAGCGGAGAGGCACCUACUUUCAGCUCCGUCUCCUUCAAGCUCUCCGGCGACGAUGCCACGGACCUGGCCUGCUCGGCUUCCAACCCUGACUUUUCCGGCGAGAUCUUCACCUGCGGCGACAGCAAAUACCGCUUCGCCCUGAAGUCUGGCUCGGACGACGCCGAGUUCGGUCUGACUCUUUACCACGAGUUGGGUCCUGCCGUCGGUGUCUGGGGUGAGGGCAACGUGCCCACAUACUGCCGCGCCGGAGGCAACGGUCCCAAUGACUUCAUCUGCCAGCAGGUUGCCGCGGUCACUAUCGGGCUCAACUCGGAUGGCUCCCACGCCCAGUAG